UGGUUUCCCCAUUUUUCCAGCGUAUUGUAUACACGAAGAGCAAUGUGUUUCCGGUUCAGCAAUAAUAGGCAUCCGUCUUUAAACAGAAAUAUAAGCUAGUUAUUCAUCCUACAUGUAACUAGACCCAAACACUCACACACAAACUUAUUUUUUUAUUAAUUUUGUAAAAGGCGAGAUAUGCUGUCAACUGAGUAGCAAAGGUUGUUUUUAAAUUACGCUAACUUAUGAUGUAUCAUCUGGCUGUGAGUCGAGAUUUAGUCAAUUUAUCCAGCUGUGUAAUAAUGUUUUAAGUGCAUAUAUCUGGCUCUCCUCUCCCAUUGAUAAUGUCGAGUUUUAGUUUAGGCCAAUAAUGGAAACAUUUCAAUAUGUGGGAAUGUUUUGGACUCUACUCCAAACUGGACACGUCCACGUGGAUUUUCCAAUCAAUGAAAUAAAAAAACAAAAUAUUCGGGAAUGUUUUUCGCGAGGGAACAGUUAGCUGAAUAAACUAUUCCUUUAGCUUUCUCGGGUGAAAUUCGUAGCUUCCUAUAACUGUUUUCUAAAAUAUUUUACGGAACUUGAAGGGUUUCUUUCCUACAGUGAAUUAUUCAGUACUAUAAGUACAUGCACGAUUUUGUUUUCUUCUCAUUAUUUCCUAUAUUUUGCCAUUAUGUAUUCAACUAGAUACUCAUUCCCCCAAGACUUCGAGCGGGUGGUACACGCCGUUGCUUUGGUACCUUAUGGCCUCAAACUAUUUGUUGUUGCUAAUGCCGGUUAUGGUACGUUCGGGAGUGAAUUUAAUAUCUAACGGUCUGUACGAGGUUGUUUAGGGAUGUUGGAGUGGCUGUCCUGUGAACGGUAUAGAACAAGUUUCGGUUAAAUGCUUUACAGUUUUGGUGUUUGGCCAGAUACAUUGAGUAGUGAAAAAGCGGGGAUGUACGUUAGAAGUAGAAAUACUGUCAGUCGAAAGGGAAGAUAGACAACUGGUAACAACGGCGUAUGGAAGGACCGUAGCAUAAGUGAAGGUGCAAUCGCUGGAGAUCGACAGUCCUUAUUCCUCAGUAGCUACAAGCACCCAUCAAAACGUUUUUCUCUUGUUAAUUAACUAAGGAGUAAACUAUGCCCUUUACUCGUUUUGUUGGCAUUUCGCCCAAGACAAAUGGCUCAAACAAAAGAAUGCAAUCCAGCGGACUUGAAUAGUGUCUAAUACUAUAUUUAAUUCAAUGUACUCUGUAUUAAUUUAGUUACUUGUGUUGUCUUUACCCUGAAAUCUCAUUUCUGUGAUACUUUCUGGUUUGGAUACUUAAAUCGUACGAUUGUUGAAGAAAAUCACCCGUGGCACUUGUCAUUUUCUUUUCAAAAUACAGUGUUACCCCUGAACCUUUUUGUUCUUCUGGAGGAGGCUGAGCUUGAAGAUAUUGUGCAGAGACUUAAGGAAGAUGGUCUUAAUCCUGUUGCCAGUGCAGAUGAACGUCUUCGACAUCUUUGGCGCCUUUACCAGCGCUGUGAUGGAUGCAUGCGCUCUGCCAUGCAGGAUCUGGAAGAACUAAGAAACCAGAAAGGAGCAAACAUGGCAGAGGAGGAAAUAGAAUUAGAAUAUAUUAUCCAGAGGCUUAAGGAAGAAGGCCUUAAUCCCAGUGCCAGUGUAAAUGAAUGUCUUCUCCACCUCUGGCAUCUUUACCAGCACUGUAAUGGGAGUAUGCAGUGUACCAUGCAGGAUUUGGAAGAGUUAAGGCAACAGCAGGCAGCAGAGAUGAAAGAGGUGGAGAAUUAUGUAGAUCAUAUUCGUAAACUCUCAGAGGGAAGUGAAGCAAUGAUAGCAGAAUAUGAAGGGGAAAAUAAAAAACUCAAAAUCAAACUCCAGCAGCUGCAGCUGGAGCAAGAGGCCCAGAUAAAAGAGGUGGAGGAGAUGCUAAACCAGGAGGGACUAUCUGAAAUUGAACGUAGUAGUCCUAGUGAACAAAUAGCUUAUCUACUAGUGGAAAGAGCUACUCUUCUAGAGAAACUAGAAGCAGCAGAACGGAAAUUGGAUUCCCAGAGCUACACAGGCAGUUUACGUGAAACACAACUUCAGGAAGAGUUAGACCAGAUGCAUCAGACAUUGGAAGAUGAACUGAGGCAGCAGCGGGAAUCAAUGCAACAUACCAAAGAGGCAAUGAAUAAGGAACUGUUGUCUCCCUCCCCGAACCCUUGGAAGAAGUUGUUUGGACUCCGAAAAGCAGCAGACAGCGUCUCUUCAGACGCUUCAGGUCACAAUGAGGAGCUGGAGAAGGAACGAAAGUUAAGGGAGCGUCUUGAGAGAGACUUGGAUGAAGCUGCUCACCGAUUGCAGAUGUCUCAUGAGGAAAUAAGGAGGCUGACAGAUGAGCUUGACAUGGAGAGGAAGUGUCAAGACCGAACUGACCCAACGCUGGAAGUUGCUCGAGAAGAAAUUGAAAGGCUGAGGGAAGAAGCGAACAAACUGAAGAAUACUGACUUAUUUGAGCUUCAGAAAGCCAAAGAACAUAAUGCUAAACUUGACAAAGAAAUUCUAGUAUUACGGAAUCGUGUCCGAUCUCUUGAUUCAGAACGGAAAGCUCUUUUAGAACAGAUACAUGGUGGUGAGAUGGUGAAGUGGAAAACAUUAUCCCUUACUAGUGCAACGCAGUCAGGAAGCCGAAGCCUACAGCAGGAGAAUAAUGACGAAAAACUCCAUAAGAGGUGCCAACAAGAAAUAGAAGAAAAAGAAGCACGUAGUCAGGAGAUGCAGUAUAAACUGCAGAAGCUAAUUCAUGAACAUGAAGAAUUGAUUGAGAGGAAUGAGGAACUUGAAUCUAUUCUUGGUGAGACCCAGAAUCAAACCAAGCAAGAAAGAGAGCGCUUUGAGUGUGAGAUUGAAGGACUGCAUAGAAAGGUAAUAACGGGAUACAGCCCAGGGAUUUGCAAGCCCAUUCCAGACCUCUCGAGUUUCUAUCACCAAAGUUUUCUUCUCCCAAUGAAGAGAACAAAGGCAGUGCUCUAUUGGCUUUAUUUACAUUGUGAUGACGUCUUAGGUUUAGAGUUGGAGUUAAUAAAAGUGAAGAAGAAGCAUCAAGACAGCAAUGCAGAGGGUCAAGAAUUGCCUGCUGAACUCAAGAAAGAAAAAGAACUGCAGCAGUUGUUGAAGAAUAGCCAAGAAAAGUUGGAAAUUCUCGAGAGCAGACUGACAGAGGAAGCUGAAUGGCGAAAACAGUUGGAAUCUGAUCUGAAUUCGGCACAAAGCACUUUAAGAAAAGAGAGACAGGAGCUGUACCAGUCAAGGGUGGAUUUUGAUUUCUUACGCAAAGAAACUGAAACUAUAAAGGCAGCAGCUUCUGAACGGGAUUCUUUGAAAGAGGAAGCUAAAAGGCUCAAAGAAGAAAAUUACUUGAUAAAAUGCAAGGUUUCUGAGGUAGAAGAAAAAUGCAGGCAGCUUGAAGACUCCCUGGCUGAACAAUGUCAUCUCUCAAAAAUCACAGCUGAGUCCUGUUCUGCAAAGAAAAUAACAAACUUGACAGCUACAGCUAAAGUAGAGCAUCAAGAGCAGCAGUUUCAGCAAAUGGAAAAAGAGAGGUGUGCACUCCAAAAUGAACUAUCAGAGAAGCAUGUGAAACUUGAGGCCUUAGAAAAAGAAGUUGAUGUUCACAAGAGAGAUAAGCAGCAUUUGCAAGAAGAAAUUAAUCAGCUGAAGCAGAAGGUCAGCUACACACAACAGCAGCUGAAGAACAGCCAGGGUGAAACUGAGGCACUUCUGCAACAGUCAAUCAAUGCACAGACACAGCUUCUUAUCUCACAAAGCUCUGCAGGUGUAAAAGUUGAAAAUGCAAACCAGUCGUGGGAGACACUCCAUCAACAAAAAGAAGAUGAGCUGAAGCAGUUGCAACAGCACCUACGUCGUGUGCAGAACUUGUGUAGCUCUGCUGAGAAGGAACUCCGAUAUGAACGUGAAAAAUGUUUGGACCUGAAAAAACAGAAUAUGCUGUUGCAGCAAGAUAGUAUAAAGCUAAAUUCUGAUCUGAACUCAUCCCAGUCUAAGCUGUCUGCACAAGAUCAAAAUAUUGUAGCUUUAAAAGCAGAAUUGGAGCACAGUAAAAUACGUCUCAAAGAACUAGAACUGGAAGUGGUUAGACAAACUCAAAAUGCCAAACAGCUAAAGAAUGGAGAAGAGAAACUUAAUGCUGAGAAAUCCAAAGUUAUUGAUGCAGAGAAAAAGGUGUUUGAGCUGCAGCAGCAGCUGAAAAGUACCCAGCACCAACUGUGCCUGUCUGAAACUCAAAUAAAGGUGAAAGAGCAGUUAGAAGAAGAUGUGCAAGUGAGCAAGGAGAAUAUAGCAUGUCUUAGGGUGCAUCUUCAUGAAGAACUGCUUCAAAGAAAACUACUUGAACAAAAUGUUGAUGAGCUGCAGCAGCAGAUAAGAGCUCUUCACACCAAAGAGGCACGUCUUUCAAAAUCUAAUACUGAACUGCAGCUUCUUCUUCAGCAACAAGAGACUCGCCUUAGAAUUAUGGCAGAUGAAAAAGAAACUGCAUCAGAUGAGCAUCUUAAUAGCCAAAAAGCCAAGCAGAAGCUUCAUGAACAGUUGUCAACCUGGCAGCAGGAGUCUGAAGGUUUGCAAGAAGAACUACAGAAUAUCCUCAAACAGCUUGAUUCACAUAUGCGAAAAUACAAUGAGAAACAAAGUCGGCACAAGGCCAAACUCCGAAGAGCCAAAGACGUUUUUGUCAGAGAAAUGAAUCAGAGAGAGAUGAGAAUGAAACAGCUGGAAAAUGAUCUCACAUUAACAAAGGUUCUAGCAGAAAAGGAGCAGAAUUGGAACAAGCUGAUUACUGCUGAGAAUGAUAAACUUCUUUUGGAAAAGAGAGAACUUUUACAGAAAUUCACCGAAAUGGAUGAGGUAACUCGAGCCAAUCGUCAGACCAUUUCCACUUUGCAACAAAGAGUACAUUAUCUAGAAGAAGAAAACCAACAGCUACAGGAAAGGAUCCUCCGACUGACUACCCAGGUUGGAGAACUAGAGCGUGCUCUAAGGAACAUGCCAUAUUUCAAUUUAGAGGAAAUGAAGAGAGUUUGUUCAACAGAAUUUUUGUUACUGAGUGGGAGUAGACUACCAUCUCCAAAUACAAGUCAUUCGCAAGGCUGUAAUGAUUCAGGCAGCCUGGUGGACACCAACGAGUCUAUUCCUUGUGCCCAAGGAAGUCCCAAGGAGACCCGGAGACCAAUGAUGACAUCACGGACAGAUACGGAGGGUGAAGGUAGCGGCUCAAACCUUAAUGUCGGUUUUGGAGAACGCUCGACCAACCCGGUUUGUGGUGGACUACAAAAAGAAAAAGGUCCGGGUAAAUACAACUCCUUGGAUGCGUAUAAGAACAUUUCCUUUUCGGAAUGGCUUGGCAAAUCAUUUACUGUGACCAUGCAGGAGAAAGAAAAAGAAAGAACUGGUACGAUUAAUUACAGCUAUAAGGAAAAAUGUAAGCUACUAGAAACUGAGUUAUUUAAAUACAAAAGUUUGUGUUUAGAGAACUGGUACUUGACGCGAUGCGUCGAACAAAAUAUUGUACCUAAAGGACUGAGGUUGAACAAAUACCCCAAUAACAUACGGGGGAAUGAAAAGUUAUUUAAAACGAUAUCUGAUUUGCUAAAUGAAUGUGGUAUUUCUAUUUUGAAAGUAAUGAUUAGUAGUAACACUGAAAUAAUAGAAGAUAUUAAAUCACGCAUUGACGUUUUGCAGUCAGACAUUACUAAAGAUUUAUUUUUUACGCUGCAGGAAUACAAGGACUUGUACUGUAAAGUGCUCCAUGAUGUAGAUGUCAAUAUAUCCAAAAAUCAUAAGCAGAAGUUAGGUAAAAUUGAACGUGAUUUACACGACUACAGGGAAGGUAAGGCAUAUACGGAUCCAGGAAAAUUUUACAGGAGGAAGUACUAUAAUGGAAAUGGGUUUAAUGGCAAAAAUGGAGUUGAUAGAAGUUUCCCAGCACCUGGAGUGUGUGACACCCUUGGUAUUUUGGAGGUAAUCCAGCGAGUGAAGUCCAUGGAGCCAGCAGAUAGCUUAAAGUCAUCCUUCUCCACCUCACGCUCACAACAUUCAGAAAUGGGAUACCUUAAUCUAACUUCACCUAUGGCAGAGGCAGGAUUUUGUAAUCAGGAGGAGGGUCAUAGCUCAGAGAGUGAAGACGUAUAA